CCUCACAUCCAACUAGGUAGCCCAGUCCAUCCACUUACACAUGUACGACGGCCUGAUAAUAAUUCCUCACUCCGGCCAUGUCGGCAUCACCGUCGGGAGGCGGCGGCAGCGGUGGUGGGGCUCCCAUCAACGAUGUGCUCACCGACGAUGAGCUCCACGCAGUGCUCGCCCGGCUGGGGCCAGAGGCCGAGCGCGACGCGUUCGGGCUUGUGUGCAGCCGCUGGCUCCGGAUCCAGAGCUCCGAGCGCCGGCGCCUGCGGGCGCGCGCCGGUCCGUCCAUGCUACGCCGCCUAGCAAUGCGCUUCUCGGGAAUUUUGGAGCUCGACCUCUCCCAAUCCCCGUCCCGCUCCUUCUACCCGGGUGUUAUCGACGACGACCUGGAGGUCAUUGCAGGGGGGUUCCACGAUCUGCGAGUCCUUGCCCUGCAGAACUGCAAAGGUAUCACUGAUGUUGGAAUAAUCAAGUUAGGAGAUGGACUGCCAUGUCUGCAAUCCCUAGAUGUCUCUCACUGCAGAAAACUUAGUGACCGAGGUUUAAAGGUGGUUGCGUUGGGAUGCCGAAAUCUGAGACAGUUGCAGAUCACAGGCUGCAGAUUAAUAACUGAUAAUUUGUUGAAUGCUCUAUCAAAAGGUUGUUUAAACUUGGAAGAACUUGGAGCUGUGGGAUGUAGCAGCAUAACAGAUGCUGGAAUCUCAGCUUUAGCUGAUGGCUGUCAUAAUUUAAGGUCAUUAGACAUAAGCAAAUGCAAUAAAGUUGGUGAUCCUGGAAUUUGCAAAAUUGCAGAGGUCUCUUCAUCAUCUUUGGUGUCAUUGAGGCUGUUGGAUUGCAUCAAAGUGGGAGAUAAGUCCAUCCAUUCACUAGCUAAGUUCUGCUGCAACCUAGAGACUCUCGUCAUUGGUGGAUGUCGGGAUGUCAGUGAUAAGUCCAUACAAGCACUAGCUCUUGCCUGUUGUAGCAGCCUCAGGAACUUAAGAAUGGACUGGUGCUUGAAAAUAACAGACGCCUCAUUGAUAAGUCUGCUGUGUAACUGUAAACUUCUUGCGGCAAUCGAUGUUGGGUGUUGUGACCAAAUAACUGAUGCAGCGUUUCAAGGCAUGGAAUCAAACGGGUUUCUGUCUGAACUGAGAGUUCUGAAGACCAACAAUUGUGUUAGGCUCACAGUUGCGGGAGUCAGCUCUGUGGUAGAAUCAUGCAAGGCUCUGGAGUACCUAGAUGUCCGGUCAUGUCCUCAGGUUACAAAGCAGAACUGCGAGCAAGCUGGAUUGCAGUUUCCCGCUGGCUGCAAAGUGAACUUUGAAGGUAGCUUGUCGGAGUCUGAUCCAUCUGGUGAUAGGUUCUUCUAGGCCAGCCAUGCGAGCAUCCAAGAUUAGUUAGUUUUCGAAUAUCCCAGAAGAACGCUGCAUCAUGUACAUGUGUGCAGUGUUCUCGAUAUUGUGGUUGAUUUGUGCAUUGUCAAACCCGAGCUUGCAACUGAAGAAUUUCAUGGAUGCAAACACUGUUGUACUGUAGAAAGUAGCACCAGUGGACCUUGCAAUAAGAAAAAGCGUGAUUUAUGUCAACUGGAUAAUUCUUCAAUCGAAUUGCAUGUAUUUCCUCUGUUUCGAAAUAUAGGAUGUUAUACAUUUGUUGUAAGUCAAACUUCAAAAUUUAUACAAAUGAGAUGUUCUAGAUUUGUCC